UGAGGUGAUGUGCCGGAGAAGACAACACAAGAAGAAGGUGGAUCACGGAUGGUUUGUGAAAGCUAAAUGAGCAAUGCCAUGGUCAUGUCCAUGUUUCUGUUGUUUGUGCAGCCGGUACUUCAAACGUUUGUUCAUUUGUAAUCUAUGUCUUGAGCUGUGACUUUGUAAUAAUGCCCCGAGCUUGCUAUAUGCAUUGAACUAUGCAACCAAUGCAAAGACCAUAUAUUUUUAAAUUUUUUCCAAAUAGUGGUCUGAUGAAGUUUGAACUGUCGACGGCAAAGCCACCGGUGGUUUGGAGUCAGCCACGAGACAGCGACCCCAGCAACCUCGUGGGCUCGCGCCAUCACCAUCACAUGUCAGUGCACCGUCGUUUCAGUUCUUCACCCGCGAGCCGAGCGUGGUGGCCACCCACCCUCUCUCCCCCAGCGGACACGUUGCCUCCGAACUCGAGCUCCGAUCACCAAGCUCCUGCCGUCCAUGGAGGUGCCCCAGGCAGCUGGGCGGGAGGACAGGGACUACAAGCAGAUGAAGCAGGCCGUCGACGAGGCUUACCGGGCAGCCGCGCGCGGCGACGGCGGCCCGUUCGGAGCAGUCAUCCUCCGCGACGACGGCGCCGUGCUGGCCAGCCGCCACAACCUGGUCCGGAAGAACACAGAUCCGUCGGCGCACGCUGAAGUGGCCGCGAUCAGACAGGUAGCAGAAAUGCGGAGCACGGUUGCGUUCUUCCACCUGUUCCCUCACACGGUUGCAGGCGUGCAGGAGGCUCGGAAGACUCGACCUCUCAGGCUGCUAGAUCUACGCGUCGUGCGAGCCGUGCCCGAUGUGCUUCGCCUUGAUUCGCACAGCCAAGAUCAAGAAGGUGGUGUAUGCCUGUAUGGAGCCAAGGCGGAGGCUGCGGUCGCCGCCGGGUUCGACGCCUCCAUCCCGGACGCUUUCGUGGAGUACUACCGGAAAUCCGGCAUUGAGGUCAGGCAGGUCGAGGGCGAGGCAGCCCGGAUCGCCGAGCAGGUCUUUGAGAAGGCAUGGGAAGCUCCGGGUGAGGCAAUGAGACGCAGAAGGGGAGGUGGAUGGUUUGAGAAGGCAAGAGGAAUGGUGAAAUCUUCACGGCUCUGUUGUCCGUGGGACUAGCAGCUCAAAUGUAUCAACAGUUGGAUGGAAUAAGUCAUGUGGUUUUAUGUUUCUCCAAAUGUAUCGCCUGCAGCGUGCACAUCCGGACAUCUUGAUGAAUCUUGUACUAUCAAUAGACAGAGACAUGGUCUUUUAUCGUUCCAUUAAUAAAACUUGUGUAGCGUAACUAUCCAUAUUUGUACUAAGGGGCGGAUUUAGGGGGGUGCAGGGGGGCUGGAGCCCCCCCUACUGCCCAAAA